AUGAGUAACUACGAUCCAUACAGGUACGGAGACCCGAAUGCUAAUAAUAGAACUCAAAACUAUGAUGGAACUUAUGAUGAAGAAGAAGAGCUAAGACAGCAGGCGUAUAGGCAUCCUGAAUCGCGGCUCUAUCAGAAUCAUUCACCUCAUGAGGCCUCUUACGAUGAUUUUAUUAAUCACCAUCCAAGUGAUCCUCAUCUACAAACUGAAACGGCUUACAACGAUGCGUUUAUCAGUAAUGUGCCCAAUACUGCUUACCAGCAGAUGCCAUCGAUCAAUGUUGUACAGCACACUCCUGAUGUGAUACAAAAUCCACAACUUUUGUCUCCUGGCGGAGCUCCAGCUAAUGUUAGUACGCCCUAUUAUAACGAUGAGGAUUAUUAUUAUCGUACUAAUCUAAAUGCUCAAAGCGGUUCUAGUAUGGGGUCAACUUCUGAUCUGGAUGAUGCGGCUGAUCAGGCCGAUAGGCCUAUUUUAGCUCAUCUUCAGCAUGUAAAUCCUGCAUCAGCAUAUAGUCAGGAUCCGAUCGCGAUGGGGACAUAUAGGCACAAUGACCAAAGUUUUGACGAUCCCGAAGGUGGAUAUAUCGAUCAAUGCGGUGAUGACUAUCAAAUUAAUACAUAUUUGGGCCGAGAUGGACAGAUGGUUGAUCCUUAUGAAGCUGGAGACGUUGAUAUGGAAUUACAGGCUAGGAACCAGAAUUUCAAAUCUGGUGAUCUUCUGCACGAAGAAGAUCUCGAUAACAGUAGUUUCGAUGGUCAUUCUCACAGGGAUCUUGGGGAUUACGAUGAUAUCGACACCCUUGACCGCUUAAACUAUACCGCUAGCGGUGUUCCACCGUCAAGUUCCACUGCCUCUUCAGUGAUGAAUGACAGAGAUUUGGGUAAGGAGUCAGAAAACCGGCUACCCAAGAGAACUCCGACAGUUAUGAGGAAGUUCAAAUUAUGGAGGGGUAAUUUCAUUUUCGAUUCUCCAGUGAGUCAGUCUUUAUUGCAGCAAUAUUCCAAAGCUGGUGGUGAUGAGAUUUCGAAUGAGUUUAAAUUCAUGAGAUAUCAGGCAGUCACCUGUGAGCCUGACCGAUUGGCAGCAGAGAAUUUCACUGUAAGGCAACUAAAAUAUUUGACGCCAAGAAGGACUGAGCUUAUGAUUGUCAUAACGAUGUACAAUGAAGACCAUAUUUUACUGGGUAGAACUUUGAAGGGAGUCAUGGAUAACAUCAAGCGCAUGGUUAAGAAGAAAAACUCAAGCACCUGGGGUCCAGACGCCUGGAAAAAGAUAGUGCUUUGUGUUGUUUCUGAUGGUCGUUCAAAAAUUAAUGAAAAAUCAUUGGCUUUGAUGAGUGCACUAGGUUGUUAUCAAGAUGGGUUUGCCAAGGAUGAAAUUAAUGGUAAGAAAGUGGCCAUGCACGUCUAUGAACAUACCACCAUGAUGAAUAUUACUGAUGUGACCUCAGACGGACUUGAAUUGACUAGUAGUGCCAAUACCGUGCCAGUUCAAAUGUUAUUUUGUCUAAAGGAACAAAAUCAGAAAAAAAUCAAUUCCCAUAGGUGGGCAUUCGAAGGUUUUGCCGAGUUGUUGCAACCUAAUAUUGUCACACUGUUAGAUGCAGGUACUAUGCCAGGGAAGGAGUCCAUCUAUCAACUAUGGAGAGAGUUCCGUAAUCCACAAGUUGGUGGUGCAUGUGGUGAGAUCAAGGCAGAAUUAGGGAAGGGGUUUAAGAAUCUGAUCAAUCCUCUGGUGGCUUCCCAGAAUUUUGAAUAUAAGAUGUCGAAUAUUCUGGAUAAGACAACAGAAUCCAAUUUCGGAUUCAUCACAGUUUUACCGGGUGCCUUCUCAGCCUACCGACUGGCAGCUGUCAAAGGUCAGCCUUUACAAAAAUACUUCUACGGGGAAAGCAUGGAAGGUAGAGGAUUUCAUUUCUUCUCAUCUAACAUGUACCUAGCGGAGGACCGUAUCCUCUGUUUCGAAGUCGUCACAAAGAAGGACAGUAAUUGGAUUUUAAAAUAUUGCAGAAGCUCAUACGCCUCAACCGAUGUUCCUGAAAGGGUUCCGGAAUUUAUCUUACAGAGAAGACGUUGGUUAAACGGUUCUUUCUUUGCAGGAGUGUAUUCUUUCUUCCAUUUCCAUCGUAUCUGGACAAGCGGUCACAACAUCGGGAGAAAAUUUUUAUUGAGUAUCGAAUUCAUCUACUUGUUGAUUAACACCAUAUUAUCCUGGUUCUCGUUGAGUUCGUUCUUCCUUGUUUUCAGAAUUUUGACUCUAACAAUUGCAUUGACUUAUCAUUCCGUCUUCAGCGUUCUUUCAGUGAUAUUUUAUUGGUUGUACGGUAUUUGUUUGGUUUCAACGUUCAUCUUAUCGUUAGGUAAUAAGCCGAAGAGUACUGAAUGGUUUUACGUCGCCACUUGUAUUUUCUUUGCUGUGCUUAUGGUUUACAUGAUCUUUUGCAGUAUAUUCAUGAGCGUCAAGUCAUUCGAGAAUAUCUUGAGCUCAGGUGGCCUCACUUUUAAGGGUCUACUAAUGAAGGAAGCAUUUAGGGACAUGGUUAUAUCCCUGGGCUCCACUUACUGCCUGUAUCUCUUAAGUUCGAUCAUUUACUUGCAGCCAUGGCAUAUGCUCACGAGUUUUUUCCAGUAUAUCCUUCUGAGUCCAUCGUACAUUAACGUGCUGAACAUUUACGCAUUUUGCAACGUUCAUGAUAUAUCCUGGGGUACAAAAGGUGCGUCCGCAAAGCCUUUGGGCAAGAUUAACGCACAUGAAGAUGGUACCUUUAAAAUGGAAAUUCUGAUUUCGAACAAGGAAAUUCAAUUGAAUUACGAUAAGUACAUGAACAUCCUUGCAAAGACUGACGACGUGGAUGAAGAGCAAGAGGUGCCAUUCGAAGAGCAGAAAGCAGGUUACUACGCCAAAGUCCGUUCUUUAGUCAUUAUUGUCUGGCUACUCACAAAUUUCGCGGUGGUUGCCGUAGUCCUGGAAGCUGGUGGUAUCGGUGAUUAUCUUGCCAUGAGACCAGAUCAAACCACGGUCGAUAGUACUUCCACGGCACAGAGACCGGUGAUCACUCAGAAAGCUGCGAUUUAUUUUACAAUAAUUCUUUGGAUUGUGGCACUGCUAGCGCUGAUACGAUUCUUUGGUUGUUCAAUCUACAUGGCUUCAAGGUUCUUGAAGAAACUGAGGAUGAGAUAG